AACCACCCCUCCCUCCGACCCGACAGGCUGCCACAUGCAGUCGUCUUCCAGCGGGUGAAGCUCCAUCUAACCUCCCGGCCAGACCAGAAGAUCCGCGGCAGAGCGUGCCCCUCUUCGCGUCGGUGCGUCCCUCCCUCCCUCUGCCUUGCACUCCGCUGCUGCAGCCUCAGCACCUCAGUUGGGCAGGAGCACCGCACCGAGUCACACCUACACACACACGCUCCACGCACACACGCACGCGCAUCUACGCACACAGACGCAGCCUCCUGCGGUAUCCCAUACGGUGCAGCGGCUUUUCCAAAGGCAUACCAAGUGAGUCCUCGCCGGGAGAUGGGAGGUGCGGCUCCCUGGUGUCAGAGCACUCAGAGCGGUUCAGAAGAGUCCUGCUGAUCGGGAAUGCUGCAGGAAGUCUGCUAUUUCUUUUCCCAGAGCAGGAAUUGCCCUAUAACGGCACCUCUGCCGGGGAUUUAAAGUGGACGAGCCGUGGGAUCAGGAUAUAUCGUUAUUCUGAACAUUUAUCGUUCUGGAGGGAGAGAGUGGAAGGAGUUGGGAUUGCUGUGAACGUGCCUCUCCGCAGUGCCGAUGCGGCUGCCUCUGAUAACUGCAUAGAUUCCAGGUGCAUAAUGCCCCCCAUUUCAAGAGAGGCUUGAUUGUGACGGGCCAACAGUGCUGGACUGUGCCUCUGUCCUCUCCUCAUCUGUCCAACCAUCAGCACAGCCAUGACAUCCCUUACAACAAUACGGACCUAUUCUUUUGUAUGCUGCUUCCUGUUCAGUUUGGUGCUUCCUGUGAUGUCACAAAUGGUGGUUCAAGCCCCACAAGCGCACAGUGGCUCCCAGGUGAUCACGGCGUUGCUCCCAGAAGAGGGGUAUGCUUCAUUUCAUGCUGAAAACCCUGAGUGGACUUUUAACCAUCUUGCUGUGGACUAUCGCAAUGGCAAUGUUUAUUUGGGAGCUGUCAAUCGCAUAUACAAACUGUCUCCAAGCUUGGAGGUUCAAGUGUCCCAUGAGACUGGUCCAGAUGAAGACAACCGCAAGUGCUACCCUCCACGUAUUGUGCAGCCCUGCAGUGAACCUCUCACACUCACCAACAACGUCAACAAGAUGCUUUUGAUGGACUACAGAGAGAACCGGUUGCUGGCCUGUGGCAGUCUUUACCAGGGAAUCUGCAAACUCCUCCGUCUAGACGACCUCUUCAAGCUAGGAGAGCCCUUCCACAAGAAGGAGCACUACCUCUCAGGUGUAAACGAGAGUGGCUCUGUUUUUGGUGUAAUUGUUUCUUAUGGCAAUGCCUCUCCAGACAUGCUAUUUGUAGCCACAGCAGUUGAUGGCAAGCCAGAGUACUUCCCUACCAUCUCUAGCCGAAAGCUAGCCAGGAACUCAGAGGAGGAUGGCAUGUUUGCCUAUGUCUUCCACGAUGAGUUUGUGGCUUCUAUGAUUAAGAUUCCCUCCGAUACCUUCACUGUCAUCCCUGACUUUGACAUAUACUAUAUUUAUGGCUUUGCCAGUGGGAACUUUGUCUACUUUUUGACCCUGCAGCCUGAGAUGGGAGGUGGACCAACCACCGGAUCCUCAUCUGCUAGCCGGGAACAGGUGUACACUUCCAAGAUUGUUCGCCUCUGUAAGGCUGACACUGCUUUUAACUCCUACGUCGAGGUCCCUGUUGGAUGCAUUAGUGGCAACGUGGAGUACAGAUUACUGGAAGCAGCCUACCUAUCUAAAGCUGGUUCUAUCUUGGCACCAUCGUUAGACGUGGCACCAGACGACGAUGUGCUGUUUGCUGUCUUCUCAAAAGGUCAGAAAAGACGUCCGCGACAGGCCUCUCAGGACUCCGCUCUGUGUGUUUUCUCACUUCGAAAGAUCAAUGAGAAAAUCAAGGACAGGUUGCAGUCCUGCUACAGAGGAGAGGGCACGCUGGACUUGGCCUGGCUCAAAGUCAAAGAUAUUCCCUGCAGCAGUGCGCUGUUGACCAUUGAUGAUGACUUUUGUGGCCUGGACAUGAAUGCACCACUGGGUGUGUCUGAGAUGGUGCGCGGAAAGCCCCUUUUCACUGACGCCGUCGACAAAAUGAGCUCUGUUAUUGCUUACGUCUACAAGAACCACUCACUGGUCUUUGUGGGCACAAAGAGUGGACGAAUCAAAAAGGUAUGUAAACGCAUCACAGACACAAACCCUGCAUUGCUAACAUGUGAAGUAGUUUACGGUUUUAAUACAAUUCAUAACAUUUCUUUUGUAUUUGAGUAGAUUUAAGUAGUGCAGCAUUCAUAGCUACACCCAUGUUUGCUGUGUCCAUCUAGGCCGUAACAUGUGCUCUAACCAGCCUUUUGGUGAAGCUUGCUGACCUUUUGACCGGCCAAAUGAAAAUGUUCCCAUUGCGCCAUCUCAUCCUCAAAGCCUCUGAGUGCUGAAUGAGGAUUAUAGACAUAACUGAAUGUGAGACCAUCUGAUCCAGUGCCGGUUGUGUGUCUGCCCUAUGUGACCUGUGUGACCAUCUUGUUUGGCUUUCUUAAUCAGUUUUUGCUGCAGGGAGAGCAGACACCAUACUGAUAACCUAGCAUCUGUUGUGCAUCUACUGUCAUCUUUCAGCUUAACCCGUGUUUUCUUUUAUUCAUUUGAUGCCGAAACACACGGUUCUGCUUAUUUUUCUUGUUUUUGGUGAGCAGUGAGACUAAAACUCCUAAUCUGAUGAGAAUGUCGGUAGGUUUUGGUAAACAGCCAACAAAACAAAUGUGCGUUCAGACAAGAAUAAUGUUAGAUUGUAUUGAUCCGGAGGAGCUGGUCCCCAGUGAUAACGCAAUGUCAACCUCCUUAUGGUUGUGCAUACACACUCGCACCUACGUAACAGAAUGGCUUGAGGCAAAUGUUAUUGUGCAUUGUCAGCAGUGUUUACUAUCACACAUCAGGUCCACAGAGGAUCCUGUAACGACUGUGAUGCCAUGAGUGGUGGCACUGCUUUGUGUUUGUGCAUGCAUUAAUUUAAUCUUCUGUGUUUAUGGUGGUUACCCCUAAGAUCUGCAUGUUUAUCACGUUGGUUUGUGUUGGACAGAAAUUAUUGAUUAUGUGCCGGUCCAAAGUUGUCAGCAAAGGGGAAUCUGAUACACAAAGGACUCUGAAACAAUCAAAACGCUCAGCACUAGUGGGCUUUCAGUGAUACAGCCUCACAUGAAGUCUGCUCACUCUAUAUGCAAAUGAGGGGGAAAAAAGCACAUAUUACAUCCAAACUCAGGCCACUUCACUAGUCUGAUGUAGAUGGAGAGGACGCACACUUCAAAAAGCCCUUUUGGCUCGAUGUCUUUGCAAUCUUGGUCCAUUUGCCAAUGGUCACUCAUCUUUUAGAUAAAAUAAUUUCAUUAAUCUUUCUGGAUCUUGUCCUCACAUGUUUUCAUAUUGGUCUGCGUGAAGCCAUCAUGUUUCACAGUAGGAAUAAUGCUUUUCAAGGAAAGCCUAAUCGUUUUUUCCAAAAACAUGGAUUUGGCAGCUUUCCUAUCUUAAUAUUUAAAUGCACACUAUGCAACUCUUUCAUAUUUUUAAAUAAUUUUCUUGAGCCACUAAGUGCCAAAAUGACCCUUUACACCAACAAGUGUCAAACUUCAGUCCUCGA